AGCCAGCAUUUAUUGCCCAUCCCUAGUUGCCCUGGAGAAGAUGGUGAUGAGCUGCCUUCUUGAACUGCUGCAGUUCCUGAGGGUGUAGGUACACCCACGGUGCUGUUAGGGAGGGAACUCCAUGACUUUCACCCAGUGACAAUGAAGGAACGGCAAUAUGUUUCCAAGUUAGGAUGGUAAGUGACUUGUAAGGUGAUUUACAAGUGUUGGUGUUCCCAGAUAUCUACUGUUCUUAUCCUUCUAGAUGGUAGUGAUUGGGGGCCUUAGGAACUUCGGUGUGUUGCUGCAGGCCAUUGUGUAGAUAGUACACACUGCUGAAACUGUUUGUCGAUGGUGGAGGGAUCAGAUGCUGGUGGAAGGUGUACCAAUCAAGUGGGCUGCCUGUACUGGGUGGUGACAAGCUUCUUGAGUGUUGAUGGAGCUGCACUCAUCCGGGUGAUUGGUGAGUAUCCAUUGCACUCCUGAUCUGAGCCCUGUAGAUGGUGGACGGGCUUUGGGGAGUCAGGAGGUGUGUUACAUGCUACAGGAUUCCUACCCUUUGACCUGUUAUGGUAGCCAUGGUGUUUAUAUGGUUAGACCAGUUCAAUUUCCUGUCAAUAGUAACCCCCAGGAUGUUGAUGGUAGGGAUUCAGUGAUGGUGAGACACUGAAUGUCAAGGGAUGAUCUCUUGUGGAGAUGGUCAUUGCCUGGCACUUGUGUAGCUCAAAUGUUACUUGCCACUUGUCAGCCCAAGCCUGGAUGAUUUCCAGGUCCUGCUGCAUUUGGGUAUGAACUGCUUCACUAUCUGAGGAGUCACGAAUGGUGCAGAACAUUGUGCCAUCUCCUGCAAAUAUCCACACUUCUUACCUCAUAAUGGAAGGUCAGUCAUGAAUGAAGCAGCUGAAGAUGGUUGGUCCUAGUACACCUGCACUGAUGAGAUGAUUGACCACAACCAUCUUCCUUUGUGUCAGGUAUGAUUCCAACGGGCAGAGGUUUCCCCCUAAUUCCCAUUGACUUAAAAAGAAAUGUUACCACGUUUCUCAGUCACAGGACUCUGCAAGACUGCCAUCUCUGCCUCACUGGACCACACUAGUUAAACACCCUUAUAGGGAUAAUGUAGGGAAGGACCAUCAGAGCAGAGAGUAGACCCUCUGAGCUCAGAUCCAUGUCCCCUGGAUCACUUAGUGCUGUCUGCCCUGUGUGAACAGUGAGUCCUAAUCCCUGUUCUAGGGACCUGAACUCCUCUGAUUUAUUAUGAUAGAGGGAAACCAUUCAUACAAUAUAGGAGGAGAAUUAGGCCAUUUGACCCAUUGAGUCUACUCCAUUUCAUCAUGGCUGGUCCAAUUUUCCCCUCAGCCCAAAUCUCCCUAAUUCAGCCUGGGUCCUCUCCUCAACCCCCUCAUGUCCACCAACUCUGCCACUAACCACAUUGGAGGAAUCAUUCAGUACGACUUUGGGAUGAGGGAGGAAAAAAUUCCUCCUCUCCCUUCUAAAUGGAUGGUCCUCUAUUCUGAGGAUCUGUCCCCAUAGAAAGCAGCCUCCCCAUGGCCAUUUCAGUAAUCCUCCUGCAAAGGCAGGCCCCGCUUCCUCCAGGGGCUAUCCCAGCUACCAUGUCCGCAAACAUUCAUUAUCCUCUCCUGAUACAGCUGGCCCAGCACUCACACACUUCCAGCUCCAGUCCGCUCAGCCCCAGACAAAAAGAAUUAUGCCCACCAGUUCCUUGCCCCAUUCCAGUCGCAAAGUGUGCUCCUGUUAAUUUCUGGAGCACUUGAAUCAUCAAGGGCCAGGGACUGGGUGGGAUGGCAGAUAUGUGGUGGACCGAAUGGCCUGUUUCUGCUGUCGCUCCCUGCACGACGGCCCCCCCCCUCCUUCCUCCACCCUUCUCCAUCCACGGGUUCAAUUCCCGGCGCUGUCUGUACGUUCACCCCGUGACCGCGUGUGUUUUCUCUCACCGGCUGGCAGGUGAAUUGGUUCUUGUGAGUGAUGAAUGACCGGGGUUAAAUAAACAACACAUCCGCCCGCCCCUGCAGUUCCUCCCGGCGCCGCUGGGGGCGCCACCGCGUGCAUACGUGACCCGAGUCCCGUCCCGUCCCGUCCCGUCACUGAAACUGAAACAGAACCCGGAAAUCGGGCAGAGCACCGGAGCUCAGGGCAGUCCAUCCCUCCGUCCUCGGACUCAGGUGAAGUUGUUGCCGGUUCAGUAAAGCUCCGAGCGGGGAGGAUGCAGUUCUUCUCGUUACUCCGCAAGAGGAAAGAGCUCAUCCCGCUGGUCGCCCUGAUGACCACAGCCGCCACCGUCGGCAUCAGCGCCUGUGUCUACUUCCUCGCCACCAAGACCGAUGUCAUAGUGAACAAGUCGCGGAACCCUACUCCAUGGGAGAACGUGGACCCGACCAAACCGCAAAAGCUCAUCACUGUCAAUCAGAAGUGGGAGCCGGUGGAUGAACUCCAGAUGGUGAAACGCUACACCAAGUGAACUGUUCGCUGAGUCACUGGUAAAUACCGCGCCGAAGAUUGAGAGGGAAGUUUUCUUUCUGAUCGAAACCGUCAGGAACUCCAUGGAAAAGGCGCAGCAAAGGGUCAACCCGCAUAAAGUGUCUAUAUAAAUCAUUACAUUCCUGUUAAAUUAAUUGUAUAGUUAUGAAAAAUUAAAAAAAAACCUAGUUACAA